CCUGGUAGGAGCCUACUCGCGCUCAGCGCUCUCCUUCAGUUGUUGCCGAACAAGGAAGCCGCGCGGCGGACGGUAAGAUCUGGGGGGGGAUUGCGCAUGCGCGGGGCUGCUCUCCCACUAGGCUACUUAUUUACUGCACAAUAGCCCCUCAUUAACACGUCAGGGACUGGCAGCAACUUUAUCCAGGUGUUCGCGUUUUAUUUCUUUUAUCCUGUGCAGUGGUCAUUUGUCGUGGACUACAUUUCCCGUGAGGCUCAGUGUGCCUUCUGGCUGGCUAAGCAUCACGGGAGAUGUAGUCUACGAGAAGUUCUGCACUUUCUGGAUGUAAAAACUGACUUUGCUAGUUUGUCAGGACUCCGAGUCCAUUGCUGUUAAUGCUGGGGGGGUGUUUUUAUAAAACUCUGAGUGAUUUAGGGUGUAUAGGUCUUACCCAAACAGUAUCUGAUCAGACUGGGGGAUAUUAUAAAUAAUUAUUAAUGACAGCUUUACUUCUAUUCCCAUCAAUAUCAUAUGUUUUCAACCCCCAUCUCCAUCCAUUGUAACCUCCAUCAUUCAUCACUGGACAUUGCUUUUUAUUUUGUGGCUUAGUAAUUGGUUUGUGUUGUGAAUGAGGUCAGAGACUGCUGUCAAUAUUAUUAUUAGUGCAUGGUGAUUAAGUGUAAUUUGGCUGCUGAAAUGGUAAUAAUAAUAAAUGAUGGGUUUGGUAAUAAUAAUAAUGAGAAUUAAAAUGUUUGUGAUCAGGCAGUGGGAGAAUGCCAAAUUAGGGCAUGCUAUGGGAAGCUAUAAUUAUUAGCUUUUAUAGAGCAAAUUUAUUAUUAGCUUUUUAAAUAGCUUUUUUUUAAAAAAAAAAUGUAUUAGCUUUUAUAUAUCUUCACCAUUUUCUGCACAGUUCUACAACAGGGCAUAAGCAGCAAAUGAAGAACAAACAAGUGUUUACUGGAAUAUACAGUGAUGAGGACAACCAAGUGAGCUGACAAUCUAUAGGUGGUGUUAGAACUUGACGGUCAAGAUGAUAGAGGGAUGUUGUGAGGGGUUGACAUGGUAAAUGGCUUUUUAGUGGUCAAAUAAAACCUUCAGUAAUGGUGUGAUCACAUGUACAUGUCAGUGUUGCCUGUAGAGCAGAGAUUGCUAUAUCUGUGGCAUAGUAUAUGCCUCUAUUUCCGUCUGGACGUGCUUGUUCCAGCUAUGGAAUUGUUUCACAUUGACAUUAAACUAAGGUCACUAUACAAAUCAUUAGCCAAGCUGAUGGUGUUCUGUCACAUAUAGCUGCAGUGUAUAAUAUGUGAGCAUACAUCUACAAUGAAAUGUGGUGGGCUUUGGGGUGGGGAGGGGGGAUUGAGGCUUUUCAUUUUGAUGAUAAUUUAGUGAAUCUGUAAUGUAAACGUGUCAAAAUAUAUGCAUUCAUAUCUGGACUUUAAAUUGUCCUUAAAUGGAUAUCGCGGCUGGCAGAAUAUAUUGCCAGUCUCGUUUAGUCCUGUGUGGCUUCCCUUACUAAGCAAUGUCCUCACCAGCGGGUUCAUGGCUAGUAACGUGACUGCCACCUUCAGCUUCAUUGAUAGCAGAAGCAGGGAAAUACCAAAAGUAGCAUGUCUACGCAGAAUCCAUUCUCCAAUCUCACCCCUUCUAGUGUUGCUAAGGUAUAUAGAGGCAGGAUAUCCACUCUUAAAUUCUACGGGAUUCUAAAAAUCUACCAGAUCAUAAUCAUAUUGUUAUUUAUCUCAGUCUGUUUUUCCUUGCACUGUCAAAGAUGGAUCAAUGGAAUUGAGACAAAGACACAGAGAAUAUAGCAGAGUGGGAAGGAUUGCUCUAUGUAUGAUGUAAUGGUAUGGGUGGGGGAUAUAACCCUUCAUUGCUGUGCGAUGGCUCACAAGCUGGCAUUUAGACGGAUUAGACCGCAGCAAUUUCAUUCCUCUUUGACCCAAACCUGUCAGGCGAUCGAUACACAAAUGGGUUUUCCCGUUCUUCAUGUGCUGUUCACAGGGAUUAGCAGAUAUUGCAAGCGGUAGUUGGGACAGCUUGUCUUAGAGAAAUUUUUCCAAACAGCCUGCUUUCCAGUUGGUUGUAUGUGCUGUAGAUCUUAGCUUUAUUAAUAUCCUUGUUAUCCAGAUUGGUGGUGGCAUGUGGAAGGCACUAUGGCCAACACAACCUGGCACUGAUUACCCUUCUGAUUGCUUUUAGUUUUGCUGGCAUGAAUCUCAAUGACUUUAGAAAAUUACUACGUUUGCGCGACUUAUGUAUGAUGCCACCUGGCAAUGUAUUUGACCUUUUUAGGGCACUUCAUUCUGAGAGUGAAUUAUCUGCAUAGCAGUUACGGUUUUCUCACGCAAACAUUUCUUUUAGCUCUUUGACUGGGUUUCAUUUACGAGAAACAUACCUGUUUAGUACUAGCGUUGGGGACAACACACUGCUUAAGGUGUUCUUUCCAAUUAUCGUCGGAAUGUUGUCGAGGACCAUGUUGUUUCUUUGCUCAGGCAUCCAAAGGGUUAAUUAACACACCAGACUUUAUCUUUUCUGUCUCCCCGCUUACUGGAUGCUCUUGUCUCCGCGUUUGUGAAUCAUCCAGUCAACAUAUUGUAGCAUUUUAAUUUGCUUGGUAUCCUGCUCGGCUUUUAGUCCCAGACAGGUUGUAGUAGGCAGACUGGCACAUCUGAGAGUUACUCACGCCUCAUUACACAUGCCAGGAAAAUGACAUCCAUUUAACGUGUAUGGUUGGGUCCACAUGUCUGUUCUUCCUGUGCUUCCUUUUUGGGAUAUCUCCAGAGCUUGUGAUCGUGGUCCGAAUGCCCGCCGGCUGCUUACACUAAUUGUUCGCCAGUUUGAAUGGCAGAGCUUUACAAUGCCACCAAAUACAAAAGCACAAUUAAUAAAAAUACAACACCACUGAACAAAUUAAUCAUCACAAUUUGCAAUUUAAAUGAAAUGACGCUUAUAAUUAGGGCAGCAUUGUUCUUUUACUCUGUUCUAAUUUAAAGGUUAUGCGGUUGGAUUCGUCACAUGUCUAUGGGAUCCUGAAGUGCCAGAGAAGAUAAUGUAUUUUUUUUUUUUUUUUUGCCCUUGAACUGUGUUGAUAGGACUUUGGAGGUUAUCAGCAAUAGCUAGUGGAACUGCAGAAGAUAAUGAAUUAACCUCUCACUUGCCAGAGCUGUAUAAAGCGCAUAGGUUUAUAGAACCCAUGCCCUUUAACUGCUUCACAUCCUGACAUACCCAAUAUAUUUAUGCCAUCAAAGUACCAUGAAGAUGGCAUAGAGUUUAACGUUCACCCCUAAGUGGAGAUCUAUCAUUUGUUACAUUUCCUUCUGUGAAUUGUGGAACGGAACACCUCCCAGCCGAACAGCUGAUUCAUGCCUCUAAUAAUAUCUGUUCUUGGAGAGAUGAGAGCUCUUACACCAAGCUAUUGUCUGCCGUCAAACUCUGUGGAUAUGAUAUAAGCACUGAGGAUUUCAACCAUGAGAAAUGGCCCCCUUUCUCACACCCCCAUCCCAUCCACUGGAAGGGGGAAUUAAAGCAUGAUGAUGUUAUAAAUAGCAGCUGGAAUAUAACUGAUACAUACAGCACAGAUUGGGCCAAUUGCAAGUCAAGGAGGAGGCUACACAGCUGGCUGACAAAUGCUGUAUAAAUUCCUGGAAUUAAGACCGUUCUAUGGGAAGGGAGGGAUAUGUGCUCUACUUUUUUCACAGCUGAUAUGUUUAACCAGUUCUCUGCCAGAGCAGCUGACAUUUAGCCCUUUACAUACCAGAGUCCUGACUUAUGUGUUUGACUCCUAAAUGUCAGAGAAAUAUUUGCACCUUUAUCUCAGAUCUACUAGAUUUAAUAUGCAUCUGGUCACAGUCAGUUUACAAUUUCAAGUUCUAUAUAUAAUAUGUAUAAAUUUGGUCAGAGACCAAAAGCGAUGACAACUGGGAAGUGGGAGAAACCCCUUUAGAAGGCGAGUCAGUUCUGUGCUUAAAGAGAAGAUCUGAUUGGCCUGAAUAAAGAGGGCUCUACCUUGUGAAAAGUUAAAGAAACACUACAGCGUUGGGAAUGCAAACCAUGUAUUCUUAACGUUAGUGUUCUAGUAACUAGUCUCAUAACUGCCCCUCACCACCAUGAAAUUAUCAUUUAUUUAUUUUUUAUUCAAUUUUACUAAUUUCCACCAGCAUGCCUGCCAUUUUUGCGGUGUCCCCACUCCACCCCCCGAGUCCCAGGUGGAUGAUGGGAAAGCAAGAUAUAGAACCAAAGUCAAUUAUUGGGAGCGAGAUUACUUUUUUCAAUAAGAAGUGACACUCUCUAACACAUCUAAUUAUCCACACACUCUGAUACACAUGUACAGUAGAGCUAGCUGCCCACACAAAUGUGUCAAUCACAAACCUGAUUAGCAGCACACUCAUACUUAAAGAGAUACCUUGCCAGUCACACACACACAUACAUAGAUAACUAGCCAACUCCACACACUCACUCCCACAUACAUUAUAUAUUUUUUCUCUCACUCCUCCUGCAGUACAUCAGUUGGUAGUGACGAGGUAGGUGUUUUUCUGCAUGUUCGGUGUGUUUCCUGGUUCACAAUACUGGGGAUCAUGUGAUUGUUACCCUUGAUGCGCUAACCCUUAAAGGAAAAACACACUCAAGGGAGCAAACAUUGCAAUCUGCAACUCACGUUGUGAGUGGGUGAUCCCACUCCAAGCACACCUAUGGGAUGGCUCCUGUCACUUACCUUUUAUCAGGUGCUGAAUGCGAAGUGCUGUCCACACAUAUAUAAUACUGUCACUGCCUUAGAACUGGGAAAGCCAGGUUAGAAUACCAGUCAGACCACCUCACAGUAAGUGUCCCUGGGAAAGACAUCUAACGAUAUUCAUGUAACUACCUCAAUAAUAUGAGAGUGAUAUGAACCAAGAGAGUCAUGCUGGCUCGGACAUCGCAUUAACAAGGUUGGCGUCAGAUGUUAAGUGGGCAACUGGAACAAACCAUUCUUGGACAUAUAAUAUAUAUGUAGAAAUUGUUUAAAAUAAGGGGAAUUUCAAGAAUUCUGACUUAAACCAGCAUACCUCUGGCAUUGUAUAAUAAUGAGUUAAACCUAUAUCAGUGAUACAGUAUUAAGGUUCCAAACCCUAUAUGAAAUGUAUCGUGUGUGUGUAUAAUAUAACAAAUUUUGCAUAGUGCAUCCUCCCAUGUCAGUGAUUCUCUGUAAUCUCACGGUAUUUUACUUGAAAGAAGGUCUCCAUUUAACAUGUCUCUGUACCCCUCAAGGUUAACCCCCUCGAAUGCUAGUGGAUCGCGCAGCACAAAUCAAUGAAUGAUGCUCCCAGCACUUAAUAUGUUAACUGUUUCCCUGUGCUACAGUGCUCAGAGCUGUCAUUUUUGGUCCUACCCACACGUUGUUUCAUUCACCCCAGGAGGCUUUAUUUAAUGUAGACAGACUGUUAAAGUAAGCCUUAGAAUGUACACGACGGGCUCUUCGUUUCUGAGAAAUCCACAAGCUCCCACAUCUUCUAUACUGCUACGCCACCCACUCACUGGAGUUCCUAGGACAAAAUGUUUUCAGUGCAAGGCUGUCAAACAGGAGGCAAUGGAGCGUCUCUGAACACAAGGACCUGCCUCUCUCCGUAUUAACCUCUCCGCUGCCAUAAGUAUAAAGCAUUUCUGGUCUCCCACUAGCUGGCUUUUUAACCUUUUCUGACUUCUGUCACGGAAUAGGUAAAACUAUAGAUCUUGCCAAUGCCGCACUGAUCAGACUAAAUAUGGAGUCUGACACAUUUCUGCUUUUGUAGUAGGAAGACUUUCUCUGCAAGUUAAUUGCGGAAAGGUGUUUGUAAUGUCUCCAGAGACAAAAAGAAAUCUAAUAACCAUAAACCAUAUGUCUUACUUCUGUGAUAUAGAUUAUUGGAUGAUGUAGCACUGCAGAUAAAAUGGCAAUCCAUGCUGUGAAUGACUGACCAAUGCAGGAUUUCUCCAGGUGGAAAGAAUUUGUAAUAUACACUGAACAAAAUUGUUUUUUUUGUCCCCACUUUUCAAGAGCUGAACUCAAAGAUCUAAGACUUUUUCUAUGUACACAAAAUGCCUUUUUCUCUCAAAUUUUGUUCAUAAAUCUGUCUAAAUCUGUGUUAGUGAGCACUUCUCCUUUGCCGAGAUAAUUCAUCCACCUCACAGGUGUGGCAUAUCAAGAUGCUGGUUAGACAGCAUGAUUAUUGCACCAGUGUACGUUAGGCUGACCACAAUAAAAGGCCACUCUAAAAUGUGCAGUCUUAUCACACAGCACAAUGCCAUAGAUGUCGCGAGUUUUGAGGGAGGGUGCAAUUGGCAUGCUGACUGCAGGAAUGUCCACCAGAGCUGUUGCCCAUGAAUUGAAUGUUAAUUUCUCUACCAUAAGCCAUCUCCAAAGGCGCUUUUCAGAUAAUUUGGCAGUACAUCCAGUCCCGCCUCACAACCGCAGACCACGUGUAACCACACCAGCCCAGGACCUCCACACCCAGCAUCUUCACCUUCAAGAUCGUCUGAGACCAGCCACCCGGCCAGCUGCUGCAACAAUUGGUUUGCAUAACCAAAGAAUUUCUGCACAAACUGUCAGAAACCGUCUCAGGGAAGCUCAUCUGCUUGCUCGUCAUCCUCAUCGGGGUCUCGACCUGACUGCAGCUCGUUGUCGUAACCAACAUUAAUGGGCAGAUGCUCACAUUCUAUGGCAUCUGGCACUUUGGAGAGGUGUUUUCUUCACGGAUGAAUCCUGGUUUUCACUGUACAGGGCAGAUGACAGACAGCGUGUUUGCGGUCAUGUGGGUGAGCGAUUUGCUGAUGUCAACGUUGUGGAUUUAGGGGCCCAUGGUGGCGGUGGAGUUAUGGUAUGGGCAGGUGUAUGUUAUGGACAACAAACACGGGUGCAUUUUAUUGAAUGCACAGAGAUACCAUGACGAGAUCCUGAGGCCCGUUGUUGUGCCAUUCAUUCACAGCCAUCACCUCAUGAUGCAGCAUGCUCAUGCACGGCCCCAUGUUGCAAGAAUCUGUACACAAUUCCUGGAAGCUGAAAACAUCCCAGUUCUUGCAUGGCCAGCAUACUCACUGGACAUAUCACCCAUUGAGCAUGGUUGGGAUGAUCUGGAUUGGAGUAUACGACCACGUGUUUCAGAUCCUGCCAAUAUCCAGCAACUUCGCACAGCCAUUGAAGAGGAGUGGACCAACAUUCCACAGACCACAAUCAACAACCUGAUCAACUCUAUGCGAAGGAGAUGGUGGUCACACCAGAUACUUACUCAUAACUCCCAACAUUUCAAACUGGGCACAGAGGGACACUUUAAUUUUAAGGGUGCAGGUGUGGCCAAGGGCAGGGCUGUUCUUUAGUAAUUUUAGGUGACUAUGUUUGAGAGCUAAUAGAUAUGUUUUGGAUAUCAUCUUUGUCACUUUUCCCGUGUUUUCUCUUGACCGCUAAUUAGAGCUAAUCAAAGUAACCAAUCUGUAUUUCUGAUUUCUUAAUUAAAUUUCUAUAGUUACCUAAGCUGGAUGUCUAAUGAUGUGACCACAUUGUAUUCUCAACUCAAGAUGUAGUAUGACAUAAUGAAGAGAAUGAACCCCUGUGGGGUCAUUCAUUUUAUUUAUUUAUUUAUUUAUAAAAUAUUUUACCCGGAAGGAUACAUUGAGUUUCCUCUCGUUUUCAAGUAUGUAGUUUAGUGAAAUAAAGGCAGAGUAUCCGUGUCACCCGUUAUAUUAGCAAAGGUUUAGAACUUCUAAGGUGAGCUUUAACAGCAUCCCAAUGGCCUUCAGCUUAACAUCUCUGUAAUUGUUUGUUUCUUUGUUUUUGUUUGACUUUGGUGGAGGGGGACUGGUUGUAUAAUCUGUUGUUUUAGUGUGCUAAGGUCCUUGAUCUUUCUUUUACACCACACUCUGUAGGGUUGUUUUUUGUUUUGUUUUCCCCUUUGUAGAUAAAUUGGUUGACACGAAAUGCAACGUCACUAGAAGUCACUUGUAGCCUUGUUAGUAACAGGAUUGUGUAAUUAAUAAACUCCUGAUUAAGGCAGGUUGACCGCUUUAUAAAGCAGACCAAGCAUCAUCUUUUCCUGUUCACUUUUUAGCAUCUGAUGACCGUCUGACAUGUCUAUUCUCUAUCUAAAAAUUGUGCUGAAUUUAGACUUGCGUGUUGGCUUGUCCCCAAACCCCAUAAACCCUGACCAGCUGAGCUUGUCGUUUCCAUUUAUUCUCUGUCUAUCUGUUAUGCACCCUCUGCUGAGUCCUCUGUGAAAUAGAACUCUCCUGACGCCUCUCAACCUACAGAUUUUCUCCCAAUCCAGUUUUCCAGAACUACCCCAGACUCUGACAUGAGGGGGAGGGUGGAAACAAUGGAUUGUUAUUCUAAGUGAGGCCUAAAUGUAUUGUGUAACCUUGUAGCCAUGUGUCAAAACGCAUGUCACCAUGUCAGUCAACAAUCUGAAUUCAGAGAAGGCUGAAGCUACACUUAAAGAAACAUCUGACCACAUGUUCUUGGGCAGAAAUAACUGUUGUGCAUUGUUUAAUAUUUUUGAAAUAUAAUAACCAUCCCUUAACAAUAUAAGAAUUUUGUUCUACCUUUUUGGGAUUUUGUAAUUGCUACAUUCUUUGAUAUUGUUAUUAGGCUUGGAGUAUUUAUUACAUAUAAUUUUCAAUGUUUUGGGUGGCUGACUUUUUAAAAUCCUCAUAUACCUUCCUUCUCUUCCUUUCAUUCUAACCUUGUUGUGGUGACACUCCGUUUCUACAUUCUUCCUUUGCACUAUUUACAGACCUCCUUCCAUUUUGUGAUUGCGUCCAUCUAGUCAAAAGUUUGGGAAUCCGAGAAGACACUUUAGUUUUGGUGCACUUAAUGCACAGUUUGUCAGAACUUCAACUGAUUGUUGUAACUUCAUGUUUUGCGUACAAUCAUACCUGUAUAUUUAAAUGCCUUUACAAGUAAAGUUUCAAACUGAAUUUGAGAUUUUCUUAAUGCAAGGAUUAAUAGAUUUCUGUGGCAUUAUUCACGUCCCCAUGUGGUGGUAACGUCAUAAACAAGUAGUACUGCAGGUUCUUUCUUACUCCUAGGCAAAUCAAGGAUGUCUGCAAACCUUUUACAUGUGUGCGUAAGAAUUUAAUCAACAACCAUCCAACCAUCUUGAUUUUGGUGUUUCAUCCAUUCCUCUUCAUAAAUCUUGAAUGUUGCUAAAUGAUCAUUAAGUGGUCAUGCCUCCAUCUUGUUGUGGUUACCCCUGCUUCAUUUCUUAUGAAAAAAAAAAAAAAUCUUUGCAGUGGACUCAUGAAGUCUGCUUGUUUUGUUUUUGCUUACUUUCCACCAGAUGUCUGGCUAACAUCUAGAAAGAAGCUUGCGAUUCUGCCGCUUCCCUGGGACCUUCCAGCCCAAGUCACCAAGCCUGGAGGCCACAAGUCAUGUUUAAGUGUGAAUCCAGGCAAAGAGUGGGCAACGAAUUCUUUAUCAAAUCUAUUAGUGACGGUGCGGCAGAAAAGCGUAGAACCACGUUUUUCAGAGUGGGUAUCACCUUAGGGAUCCUCUCUGCUCAUUUUGGGGGUAGGUAUAUUUAUUUCUAGUUGUUGGUUGGUUUUGUUUGUAUUUUUUUUUAUUUUUUUUUCUUUCUUUCUUCCAAGGUAUGCAUGCUCUUUGGUAGUAAAUACCUCUAUGUAGUCUUGUGACUUUAUCCACUCAGUUCAUGUAGUCUCCUGAAUUUCAGCUGAAUGUUGAAAAAUGCAAAGAAGCAGCAUUUUUGAGUUUAGCACAUAAACGUAGUUAGUAUAUAUCUGUACAAUGUGCGGAGUGCUUUUACAGCAGACUGGAGCAUAUACAGUUGAUGAAUAUGUUAUAGAAUUCCUGUUAAGCCAAAUGUCCAUUGGAAUUCCUAUUACAUGUUAUAUCUGGUAGGUCUUACCCAAGAAUUUCAUUUCCAGUGAUGGCUAAUUAUCAAUGCUCUUUAUCAAACGGAGCCUUUUCCCCAACUACACCUCCACCCUUUGUUCUGUAGGCUUUUUCAAGUUAAGCCUUCAGAGUUCCACAUAGUUAGGUGUCCAUUGAGCUCAUCAGUCGCACAGUGAGUAACCAAAGUUUGACAUGUAACAAGCCAGUAAUAACAUAAUUUAGGUCAAACUUAUUACUCACCCAUUCAAAGGUUGCAAUAAAGUAGUUGGAUGAAAAGACUUAAAAAUAUAUUGUACAGAUAUAGAGCUCUGACUUGUAGAGGACAAUAUAUGCUUCGGGGUCUAUGAUAUUUUUAUUUAAUGCAUUAACUGUCUUUGAAACUAUGUAAGGGUGAUCUCAUGGGGCACUUUUUGAGUGAUUCACACUGGCUUUGAGUCCAUGAUCAUCAUGGAUUUCUAAAAAUAAUAUGAUCGAAACCUAUACCUCCUAAAAAGGGAAUCUCCUGGGCCACAGCAUAAUUUAUACCUCACAUGUUCUAGAUAAAUGAUUGGGUCAUCAUAAAUCCUAGUCAAAUCAACAUGCCCUUGUAUUAGUCUCAUGCAACUGAGAAUACCUCACCUUCCAGAGUCAAGGGCCUCUUCAUAAAACACGUCCGUUAAUAUAGCUAUAGGUCUUACUCCUUGUACUGAUGUAAUUUCCUUUAAACUUAAAUUGUAAGUGUUAGAUGAAAAUCUGCAACUACAGGGUAGUGAUAGCGUUCUGUGUAAAAGCUUGCAUUCAUGAAAACAACUUUUUUCAUUUUUUUAUUUUAUUUUAUUUUUUUAAAUCAAGUUAAAAACAAAGACAACAACAUAUCAGGAGCCAUGUUGUACGUGAACUCUCACACAUGUGCAAGAGUAGAAAAAUAUAGACCACCGAAGAUACUGCUGGAUUCUCCUUAGAUCUGUUUGUGCAUUAACAGAUGUAAGUGACAUCCAAAGGGGAACAGCAUAACAGGGCCAUUUUUGCGAAAUUUGACUACAGGGACAAAGUAGUCCCUGUAGAUCAGGGGUGCCCAAAAGGUAGAUAUCCAGAUGUUGUAGAACUGCAACUACCAUGAUGCUUUGCAUGCUUUUAGAAUGACAAAGGAUCAUGGAAGCUGUCGUUUUAAAACAUCUGGGGUUCUUUCUAUUGGGCACCCCUGCUGUAGAUCUUCUGAUAUCAGUUUGGUCCUUAACCCCUUAAGGACACAUGACAUGUGUGACAUGUCAUGAUUCCCCUUUAUUCCAGAAGUUUGGUCCUUAAGGGGUUAAAGACCUAAUGGCAGCACAGGUUCAACAUAUUUAGCUUUGGCUGCUGAAUUCAGCCCUUCAGUCAUCAUUUUAGUGGGUCGUUCAGAUUGCUGUGUCCUCAUAGACUGUCAUUGGUCUUUAAAAGAACACUCCCACCCCUGUUACCACUUCAUUUUAAUUGUUGUUAUGGGGCAGGAGAGUCUAGGUGCCUCUUUACCUUCAAUACAUCUUGUUACAGUCAAUGGGCAGUCCAUAAUGGGCAUCAGCUGAUGUUCUAAGCCUGUCACCAGCCACCUGGCAAACCUUCCUGAUAACUCCAGCAGUCUAUGAGUAGAGAGGAGGCAGAGCUGACAGAGUGACCAACUUUGGAUUUAAACCAUUGGAAUACUUUUUAACCUCUGGAAGUAAGAUGGCACCAUGACACUCCUGCCCUAUCACUUUAUAGAGAUGAAGUUUGUUCUGGGAGUGUCCCGUUUUUAAAAGGGAUCUAAGAACCCUGUGAUAAGUGUGGUUGUGUGUUUUUGUCUUGUGGGGAGUUGUUUUGUUCUGUGUUUUACCCCCAUUUCUCUUUGUACUUAUGGUAAAUAAUAUUUAAAAUUUGAUUUGUUAGAAUAGGAGAAUAAUUUAUUCGGUGUUUCCAUAUUUUUUAACCAAUUUUUUUUUCAUUUUACUUAUUGGUUAAUUAUUACUAUAUUAUACUACUUCUAUACCUAUUUACUUAUUGGUAUGAUACGGAGAUUCACACCCUUUGGUAAAGUAACCAGAGUAACUUUGGGAGGGUGGGGUAGGAUAAAUCGUUCAGUGGCAUAUUAACUUGGUAGUUUGUUAUUCUUCUGGUUAGAAGACAUCUCAGAUAUGCAUAAUUUUUAUCCUAAUCUCAAUGUUAGUAACUGACUAGUGCCACAUUGAUGUGACGUGAAGUAUGGAUUCUUUGACUUCUAAUAAUAAUAAUUAUUACAAAGACUAGUUUUAUAACUAUCUCUGUACUCUCUCCAGGGGCAAAGACUCCCGAACCGAAACCUCACAAUUUGGAGAUGGGGAAGGACUACUACAAGAUACUGGGUAUCCCCAAUGGAGCCAAUGAAGAGGAGAUCAAAAAGGCCUAUCGUAAAAUGGCACUCAAAUACCACCCAGACAAAAACAAGGAUGCUAAUGCUGAGGACAAGUUCAAGGAGAUAGCAGAGGCCUAUGAUGUUCUCAGUGACCCCAAGAAGAGGGGUGUGUACGACCAGUAUGGUGAAGAAGGUCAGUCUGUAGCUUUCUUGUAUUGUUAGAGACAUCCAUAUUCUAGGUGAGAGAAACAAUAAGCUAUUAAAGUUACUAUGCUCUGAGAGAUUUUGAAAAAGGUCAAAAGCUGUUCUGAGGUCAAAGAUCGACCUUUUAUUUGCAUAGGUUAUAUACCAGGAGGCUUACUAUUUUUCAGUUCACAAUAGUUUGUAAAUGCAUCAAUUCACAAACAUCUCUGCAGCUAUAAGCCCAUCAAUAAAGUGACAGACACUGCAGGAUGAAUCUAUACUUCCUACUCUGCUUUUCCAGACUUUUGUACAAGAUGCACAUGUUAUACAAGUCCACAUUUCCCAAUAUGCAUUUCCACUGCUUAUUGUGAAGGAGCUUGAACUGCAAUCCAUGUGAUAACAACUGCUUUGCUUAGGCUGCAGUUUAAUGCUUCCAUUAUAUCACAUAAACACGAGUUGGGCAAGGUUGAAGGGGUAUACUUAACGUUAACGUAAAAUGAUGGGAACCUGUAGAUUGUCUGAGUCACUUCCUGGUCUUGGCACAGCUCACUGCAUAAGCUUCGGAACACCAGUGCAGGAUCAUCUAAGAGCUGUAUCAUCUUUAUUAAUCAUACUGAUUUGUUUUGUUUUUCCUUCAGUUCCAAUAGUUGCAUAAAACUAUUGGCUGAACGUGAAAAAGUAGCAAAACAGACUUUACAUCAAUUAAUGAUACUGUACGUACCAUAAAAAUUUCAUGUUGUUGAUGUAAUCAUAGUUCCUGGAGUCACAUGGCACCAUCCCAAUGUUCACCGAACAAUUUAAAAUAUUUAAAAAAUGUCUGGGCACACGUAUAUCCAAAUUGCAGGCUUUAUCAGCGAGAAACAGGUAGUGUUUUGGCACAAACAGGAGCCUUUUCUCAAGUGGCUUGAGAAAUGCUCUUCUUUAGGCUGAAACGUUGCCUGUUUCUCUCCAAUAAUUACAAAUGUAAUCUGUGUGUCCUCAGACAUUCUUUAUUUUGCUUAUUAGGGUCUUGUAGUGUUUGUUUUUAUUCUUAGUGAGUGCCAGUUAUAAAUAUUGCUCGCACCGAACAGUUUACCAUUGAUAUAAGGUCCCCCUGUACCAUGGAUACAUCUCCUGCUCCUACUAGCUAAUGCAGGAUUGCACUUCACAUUAGGCACAUUAAUUUAUACCAGCUCUGGGUGACGAUGAUGAGCUGAAAUCCCUAGGUGAGCUGUGCAAUUCUGCUCGUUAUGAUGAAAUAAAACUUAAACACUUUUUUUGGUGCUGUGGACUUAAUAUAAUCUUUAUGGUACACAUGAGUUUUGCAUCAAUCUUUGUCACAGAUAUUUCCCAGUUCACACAUAAACACUAUAAAGUAUGCAUUCAAUAAGCAAACCCUUCUUUUCUUUCAGUUAAUGUUUUAUAUGUGCACACUAAGAUGCAAUAACGUUUAUAUUGCCUUUUCUAAUUUAAUAGACAGACUGGAGAGAAAGGGGGACAAUCUUAGAAGGAUUUGGAUCAGAAUAUAGUUACUAAUAAAAUGUACUGGAUCCAUCUAGUCUGCCUGCAUUUGCAGUCAUCUUUCCAGGUCCAAAAGUAAAUUAUAUGAAGCUAUUAAUAUCCUCCCAGGCUCUUCUAAACUGGAUCUCCAAGGACUUAUUUGUACAAAACGACUGUGCUGUUUAUUCUAAAAGGGAAACUGAGCCAGGACUCUUUCCCAGUGCAUACCUGUCAGGGCCACGGGGAGAGCGAGACUUGUUAUAUGCUCGUCAUUUGCGAUGAAUAAGCCUUGGGGGAGAGAUAAAAAUUAGAUUUUAAAUUCAGAUGAGCCUGAAUAAACCAUUAUGAUUAUUUAUUUAAAGAUCUGUCCUUUAUACCAAUGCAAAAAUAAUUUUAAAAAAUCCUCAAAUAGGAAGUUAGCAUGUUUAUCCAAUAAAUGCAGUGCAGGGAUAUCUGAAAGUUGUAGGUCAAUUAUCAGAUUUUUACAAGAACUCACAGAAACCUUAGCGGUGCUUCCUAAUGACAUGAACAACUUUGUAAUUGGAGAAACCUUGCAGGGACAGGAAGGACGGGCAUAUGGUGCUGUGACAUUGCAUACCAGCAAGAUGAAAGUAUUUUAGAAUGUGGAAGUGGGGAGAGAGAAGGUAGGGUCAUGACAUAAAAAAUAUAUAAACAGUGGCUGAGACCAGGAAGUGGCUGAGAAUUUUCAGCCAAUCCUGGCACUUCCAUUGUUCUCCUUGGCAGUAAGAAACACAUCUCUAGACAGCUGUGACAGUCUGUAGAAGAAGGUGAGGGCGGCAUGUUUUUAUAGCUGUAUUGAUGUUUGUGAUGGGUGUAGCUAUAACAGAGUUCAAAGGCAUGGGAGCCUGUUGUACCAUAGGCAUUGCAUUGUACAUAAAUAAAUAGUACUUGGAGUGACUCUUAAUGAAAUGUUUUGUCCCAAAUGCUUAACAUUAGAGAUAAUACUUAAACUGACACUCAUCACCAAAAUCCUGCACAUUAAAAGGUUAGUUGAUUUGAAGUGGUCAUGGUGAAGUCUGUAUGUGCAGCAUUUCGCUGUGAAAUUCUGCACAUACAGAGUUUAACCUCUUUGCUCCUGGAGGUGUAAUUCCAACUCCAGCAGCAUCAUUGGGGGUUCAGUCAGCCUGAAAAAGAGUUCUAGCCUGGCUAACGUUAGUUCUGUGCAAAUCUUGCACAGACACUCAUUCGUUAGAUUCUGUAGCCCUGCAGAAACCAGUUGCCUACAGAACAGACCUGUUGCCCAGCAUGACCAGGUAAGGGGGCAAACCAUUGUAAAACAGCUUGCCCCAUUACUGAGCUCCAGAGUAUUGCUACCAUUAUAACCACUACAGUGGGCUGUAGAGGUUAGGAUGGUUGGAGUAACCCUUUAACAUCAUGUUUUUUGGGCUAAAAGAGCCUGUCCAUGCACCAUCCCCUCUGUAAACACUUCUUUUUCUAUGAAGCAUUAGAUCUCCUGAGACUGCAGCAAGACUCUCAUGGCAAGGGAUGAAAGGUCAAUAAAACUCCUUUGGAUUCACUUUUAAAUGGGGAUUUAAAAUCGGAUUGUAGAACCUUUGUUAGAAAUACAUAUUUUUUUCUUAAAUGUAAAUGCCCUUUCAGCAGCACCUAACCUCACAAUGAUUUCUUACGUAGUAAUGGAUUGAAAUAUUACUUAAACAAAUCCGUUCAUCUGUUGUCAUAUUUUCUAUUAUGGCAAAGCAGUGUUAUUUAAUUUUUGUUUUUCUUUCUUUUUUUGCCCUGCAGGUCUUAAGACAGGGGGUGGAUCAUCAGGUAAUACUGGAAGCUCUUUCCACUACACUUUCCAUGGGGACCCACAUGCCACAUUUGCUUCUUUCUUUGGUGGAUCCAACCCAUUCGACAUCUUCUUUGGUUCAAACCGCACUCGAAUGUCCAAUGGGUUUGAUCAUGAAGACAUGGACAUUGAUGAUGACGAGGAUGAUCCCUUUGGAGGUUUCGGUCGUUUCGGUUUCAAUGGUGUGAAUGGCUACCAUCGGCGGCAUCCAGAACAGCUGCACUCCCGCCGCAAAGUACAAGAUCCACCAGUGGUGCACGAGCUGAAAGUAUCACUAGAGGAAAUUUACCAUGGCUGUACAAAGAGAAUGAAGAUCACGAGGCGGCGACUCAACCCAGAUGGACGCUCACUAAGAACAGAAGACAAGAUUCUGAAUGUAGUCAUUAAAAAGGGCUGGAAGGAAGGUACCAAGAUCACCUUCCCUAAGGAAGGCGAUGCUACAUCAGAGAAUAUCCCCGCAGACAUAGUGUUUCUACUGAAAGAUAAACCACAUGCUCACUUCAAGAGGGAUGGAUCUAAUGUGGUCUACACAGCUAAGAUCACCCUGAAAGAGGUAAGUCACUGUACAUUUGAACCUAAACAUUGCUUGUACUUAAUACCUGCAGUUUCCUAUGUUUGAUUUUUGUUAUUUUCUAUUUUUGUUUAGCAGGCAAUUUAAAGAUACACUCUUAACAUUUACGCUAGGGGUUAUGUUCAUACUCCAACCUUGUCCAUAAUUUCAGCCAUCCAACUACUUGAAUUGCACAAGUCAGAUACUUGAACUUACAAGCUUUGUGAUGAGUUCACUUAUGUGCCCAUACAGUUUUCGUUCCUAGGUGGUUUUUACACACACACACACACACACACACACUCUCUCUUUUUUAUUAAUUAUAAAUUCUAUUUUGUGUGGUUUAUUUAUUUAGUCACAGUUUACAAGAGUAGAACAGAAACACAAGUAUAAAAUGCUCAUUAGUGGGUUACUCCAACCCUUUUUUAAAGUGCAGUUUUCUAUUUAAAAUGCCUCCAUGGUUACUACAUGCAUUUGUACUGCUUGCUAACAAACUAGUUUGUUACAUGUAUUUAGCCUAGGCCCCCUCUAAUACUGCCAUGUCUGCAUUUUACCACAAACACUUUAUAAUGUUGUUAUUCUUGCUGUGCGUUCUAAAUAGAAAUCUAGAAUAGUCAGUGCAGCUACAGUUCCUGGUAAUCCCACACAUGCACUGCUUUUUCCUCCUCCAAGUGACCUUUCCCCAUUUCCACCUGGUAGAUUGAGAGAUUUCCAUCAAAGCUAUUUAAAGCAAUAUGUAUUUUUACCCAGAGCCGGAGGGGGGAGAGUGAGGAAGCAGGCGCAUCUGUGCUGCAAACUCUUUGUGAGAUGGAUUACCUACAAACCUCUCUUUUUUUGACAGAGAUUUGACAUUCAGAAUUACUGGAAUAACAGCGGAUUCAGUGUUCCGCAAUGUGAAUGAAAAACAUAAAAUUGGACUGUGAUUUGAAGAGCAUUUAUUUCUGUACACAUUAACAAGUCACAUUGAUCAUUAUAUCCAGUAAAAUAGCACACAUAGAAACAAUGAAUUAGACCAAUAUUCUUGGUUUUUCGAUAUUCUGGUCAUUGUGCUCCAGGUAGAAAAAUGGUAUCAGCAAUAUUCAUAUGUAUCUCACACACAAAUUCCAAAGCCCUGCACUUCCCCAAACAGCAGAUUUUAACAAUACUCUACUGGACCUUAUCCGAUCCCUAAAUCCUCAGCUCUACAGGAGCACGGUGACAGGUUUUGCAUAUGCCUAGACUACAGAUCUCCCACUUCAUAAAACUGUCAGAUCUUGGCAACUCUUUUUUAACCUCCUUGGAUAUGUGCAUUUCCUUAUGUACAUGCUCCCCAUUACCAGUGCCAGAUGGGUUUUUGUCCUUUUAUGGUUCUGUUUUUUUGGGGGGUUUUCCACUUUAAAGGAACACUAUAAUAUUAGGAACACCCUGUAAGUGUUUUACUUACCUUUUAUUCCGCUCUCUUAGUGGCAGGCCCCACCUCCUAGGCUGAGAUUAUCAAUCUAGAUAAUCUCAGCCAAUCCAAUGUUUUCCCAUAGGGAAGCAUUGGGAGUCUAGUGUGCAUGCGCGACAAAACUCCACAUUGUACCAAUCAGAUGGUCUGUUAUUUCUGUGGAAGUGCCUCUAGUGGCUGACAGUGACAAUGUAAACAUUGCCCUACGUUUUGUUUUACAUUGCAGGGUUAAAACAGGGACAUGGCAUCCAGACCACUUCAUUGAGAUGAAGUGAUCUGGACGCAUAUAGUGUCCCUUUAAAGGGCCCCUGUCAUGCUCCAAAAAACUAAGAAUCUAAUGAGCAUAAUAGUCUAUCUAUACAGCGUGCUAGCGGUUUUGCUGGCAAAUGUAUAGGCUAGGAGGAAAAAAGUGCAUGUACUGUGGUUGCUAUGGAAACCACUUCUAGCACUUGCUAGGGAGUAUAGAAACAGAGUGACAUCACUCCAUUCCGACGCCAACACGCUGAUGACAAAGCCAGCGUGCCACCAUUACUGAUGAGAUUUGCUUUGGUUGGGAAUAUCCCCCUUUCUUUGUGAGGGACCAAUUAAGAGGAUAGUAGAGCUCACAUAGGUUUAGUGUUUUUGGUAAACUCUCGUGAUGUUGUGUCAUUGGGUUACAGAUAUUGAUACACUAAGGGUUGUAUAGAGAGGCUCAGGGCACAUACUAUUAAGGGCUGUGCUAGUCUUGUAGUCUAGUAGUAAGGUAUUCUGGAAGGAUUCCAUAGUGGGUUAAGUUUGUGAUUACUGCCCUGCUGUCAGAAUCCUAUUCUUGAAUCACUCACAGGAAUAGUCUGACAGAGUCUUGCAGUGCUUCACUAAUUGGGAGCUCAUGGGUCCUGUUUCUCUGUGUCAAUGCAAUUUCCUCGUUCCCUAAUCUGGAUAAGAGUUUAUUGUAUUUCAAGACGUUUUACUAAUAAGGAAGGUUGUUCCAAUAAGAACAGUACAAUUUUAAUUGGUGUAUGUUUUUAACGUGGCACAGAACACCAGAUGUAUUGCUAACUUUUAUACAUUUUGCCAAGUACCUUUUUAGUAUCUUACAUCAAACACAAAUUUUGUAUGGUCAUGUUAUGCAAAUUAAAUUGCUUAUCCCAAGAUCCUCUGCUUUAAAAAAAAUUGCCCACACACACACACGUUUGGCUAAUUUUUGCAAUCUUGCCAGCAUGGGGUUUUAUGAUCUGACCCCUUUUGAAGAUUAAGGAGAAAUAAAUCUUUUUAAAAGGAAGUGAGGUCUCGUGUCAAAUCCAUGUUUACUACUAAUGUCACUCCACUGUAAAUAUAUAUAUAAAAAAAAAAAACUCUUGAUUUCUACCUAAAAUAUAAGCUGCUCAUGGUUAUAAGUUUGUUGCAGUUUAGAGCAGAUUGCCUUGCACAUUUUAGUUUAUUUGGUAUUAAAAUAUAUGAAGAAAAAUGCUCUAGCAUUACUGUAUUACCUUGGAUUCUCUCUAGACCAGCGGCACCCAAAAGGUAGAUCCCCCAGAUGUUUUAAAACUACAGCUUCCAUGGUGCUUUGUCAUUCUAAAGGUGAGGAAAGGCAUGCAGUGCAUCGUGGAGGUUGUAGUUCUACCACAUUUGGGUAUCUACCCUUUGGGCAUCCCUGCUUUAGACUCUAUCAUCACAAGUUAAAAAUCACAGCCAGCUGUUAUAAGGUUGUGUGAGUAUACACAAGCCAUCAUGUGCAUAUUUAUUUUUAUACACACAGCCACAUGUUUAAAUCCUAUCAGGUCAGAUUGUGACCUGAUCUGAUUUAAGGUCAGCUGGGUAAGAUGUACCUCUGGUGCUGCCAAUACAGAGAAUAGCAGCGUGGGGAAAAUAAAUAAAAAGUACUGAGCUGUCCAUCCGUUAAAAAUAAAUGGCAUUUCAUAACAGGGAAUAGUCAGUACAUACAUUGAAAAUUAAUCUCACCAAUUAUCGCACGGUUUGGCCAAAUCCUGCUUUUGGCACGUGUCUUCUCCAUUUCAGACUGAUGUCCGGCUCCUUCCAGGUCACAUUCCAAAUGUUCUCUUUUUUUUUUUUCCUCCUUCCAGGCUUUGUGCGGCUGCACUGUGAACAUUCCUACCAUUGACGGCCGCGUGAUUCCUCUGCCCUGUAGCGAUGUCAUCAAGCCGGGCACUGUAAAGCGGUUAAGGGGAGAGGGUCUGCCGUAUCCCAAAGUCCCUACUCAGCGUGGUGACCUUAUUGUGGAGUUCCAAGUACGAUUCCCGGACAGAAUACCCCAACCCACGCGGGAACUCCUCAAACAGCACCUCCCUUGCUCUUAGUACCAUCCAUGAGCAGAAAGGGGCUGAAGGCCAAGCAAUACAUCACAGAUCUGUGCCAAGACUUCACCAACCUUUACACUCUUUAUUUGUACGGUUGUCAACUUGCAAAAACAUGCAGUCUAUGCACCCUUCCUCCUCUGUUAACUCCAGUAAACAAAAGCAGCUCCCACAGUUUGUGUUCUUUCAGCGCCUUAUUUGCGUUAGACUUGAGGGUGCAUUUCAGGUGACUGCCACAAUCAUUAAGAUAAAGGAACACCGGAUCCUUUACUGGUUCCCUCUAUCUAAACUAUAACCUCUCUGUUCUAGUCCCCUCCGGCAGUACAGGGGUCUAAGACUGGACAUUCUGUUCUUUUUGUCCGAUAUUUAAAGGAUUUAAUCUGUUUUAUUUAUAAGAUUUAGUCUGUUAAUUUAUAGCUUGUACUAUGAACUUUUCAGGUGAUACAUUUAUUAAAACCACACACCCUUCCAGGCACUUUAACCCUCUGGGUGCCAGAGUGGGGGGAUAAUUUACCUGCGCACACCCAUGGUGCUCAGAGGGAUGAAUGACAGUAUUUUUAAUUAUAAUUCAAAAACAGAUGAACUUUCUUGUAAAUUACUUUUAAAAUGUUUUUUAAAAAAAUAACACUAUUUGUAAAUAUAAGUUUUAAAAUAGUCAGCAAUUUUAACAUUUCUAUGCACUAAACAAAUAAAUGAAUGGGAA